UCCCUCCUUGGUGCGCAGAAAACUGCCCACUAUCAUCAGCGAGUAUAAAGCUUUGACGCGAUUAAUUUUAAUAUCAAACUGCCCGAACCUGCUCUUUGCCAUUUAACAAAGAUGAGCUCCAACGAAUCCGCUGCGGGAAUUGCGCACGUCUACAGGGGAACAUUUGUGCACGCCACCUAUCACACAGCCGUGGAAAUUCUGGAGGAUGGGCUACUGGGAGUCGACACCGAGGGAAAGAUUGCUUUCAUUGGGAGUGGGAAGGAAGUGGACCGUCUGUCACAGAAGUGGGGUUUUGAGGCCUUUGCUGUUACACAGCUUGGACAGCAUGAGUUCUUCAUGCCAGGGAUGGUGGACACCCACAUCCACGCAUCUCAGUACAGCUAUGCAGGCACAGCCCUUGACAUGCCCCUGCUACAGUGGCUCAACACGUACACCUUCCCAGUGGAGGCCUGCUACAAAGACCUGGAGUUCGCCCGCAACGUCUACACCCAUAUUGUGAAAAGAACCCUGAGAAAUGGUACGACUACGGCCUGCUACUUUGCCACCAUACACACCGAUGCUUCUCUCCUUUUGGGCCAAAUCGCAAACGAUUUUGGACAGCGUGCCCUUGUGGGCAAGGUGUGUAUGGACAUAAACAACUUUAUCCCACAUUACAAAGAGACGCCAGACGAGUCCGAAGGGGAAACUAACAGGUUCAUUGGUGAGCUCUUGAAGAAGAAGUACCCCCUUGUGAGGCCAGUGGUGACCCCGCGCUUCGCCCCGUCCUGCUCCGCCACUUUGCUGGGCCACCUGGGAGAGAUCGCCCAGAACAACGACCUGCACAUCCAGAGUCACAUCAGUGAGACGAAGGAGGAGGUGAGUCUGGUGAAGGAGCUGUUCCCAGACUACGACUCCUACACAGAUGUCUACCACAGACACAACCUUCUCACAGACAAGACGGUGAUGGCUCAUGGUUGUCACCUGACCGAUGGAGAGCUGAAGCUGUUCAGGGAGACGGGGGCGUCCAUCGCUCACUGUCCCAAUUCCAACAUCUCGUUGUGCAGUGGUAUGCUAGAUGUCCGCAGGGUUCUGAACCACAAAGUAAAGCUAGGGCUUGGCACAGAUGUGGCAGGAGGAUACUCUCCUUCUAUGUUGGAUGCUGUGCGGAGAACACUGGACACCUCUAAAGCCUUGACCAUCCAGGACACCCAGUACCACACGCUCACCUUCGAGGAGGUCUUCAGACUGGCCACACUGGGAGGCAGCCAAGCCCUGUCCCUGGAUGAGAAUACAGGAAACUUUGAGGUAGGGAAAGACUUUGACGCUCUGCGGGUGAACACGGAUGCGGCAGGAGGACCCAUUGACCUCAUCAAUCAAGGGGAGGGGCCUAAGGUGCUCCUGGAGAAGUUCUUGAAUUUGGGGGAUGAUCGUAAUAUUGUGGAGGUGUACGUGGCAGGGAAGCGAGUGGUCCCAUUCGUAGAGAGACCAUAGAUUUGGGAUUUGUUGUUGGCUUGUUGUCAUCUGUCCCAGUCAGAACCCUCUACGAGUCUACCUGACUGCUUUUGUAACAGGAUACGAGGUGAUUGGAAAAUGUGUUCAACUGGAAGGAUUAUUACGAUGCGUGUUCAAUCUUAUGUACUUACAUACAGUACAAUCCAAUAGAUGGUAUUGCUGUUAAGUGAUACUUGCAAGAGCAUUGUGCAGGUUAUGGUUGUCUUUUAAGUUGUUACAUUGUUUCCCAUGCACCUGGGUCUUUUUUUACAUUUCUAAGUCAAGGAAAAUGUGUGUGUUUCUGAAUGCAUGUGUAGCUUUGUAUGUGUCCAGCUUAAAUUCUUCUUAAACCUAAAACCCACAAUGUAGCUUUAGGAGACAUUCUAAUAUGUUGAGUCUAAUAAAUGUAUAAUGUAAGCCUUGUUGAUUAUGAUCAUUGACUGUAUUUAACUCUUUAUUUUAUGUACUUGUUUUUAUCCUAUGUUAUUGUGUCACUGCUGUUCUGUGCUACAUUGCUGAGUUUUGUAGCAAAAGCUACAAACUAAAAAGGGGAAAAGAUUUUAGAAAUAUUUUAUUAAAGAGUAUUUGCAAGAUUUUAA